AUGAAUUUAAUACUAAAAUUCUUUAGUAUAUUUUUAAUUCAAAAUUUAGCAUUUGCACAAAACUUUGAUCCUAGUACAAAAGAUGGCUUCUAUAAUAUAUUUUAUGAUAACCUUCAAGCAAUAUCAUGCACACGUUCGUUAAAUUCAAAUGGGGUAGCUGGUUGUCAAGUGUUUUACGAUACUACUGGUAUUUUAUACUUGGUGGAAGAUCAAAAUGGUUUAACUGGAUUCAUUAAUAAUGGACCAAAUGGUAAAUUUGCCGUUGUUAUGCCAUAUUAUCUACUAAACAAUGAAAACCUUCGAGCAUUGGAAUCAUCAAAUAAAUUGGGCGGUGUUAUUGUAGUGAUAAAUAAUAGUACUUCAGGAUUUGCUCCAAGACCAAAUCAAUUCUCACCAGACGUUACUUGUCCAAAUUGUGAAUAUGGGCUAUACAGAAAUGAUUCAAUAUCUGAAAGAUAUAAUUGGAACCCUAAUGGUCUUGGUAUAAAUAAAGAAAGUUAUGAUUUUCCAAUAUUUGCAAUAUAUUCAUCAAAUAUUAGUGGAUUUUCAGUUUAUUCUACACCUUCAAUUGAUAUGAAUCAUAAUGAUGGCAAACCUAUUGUAAUUGUUUCAUCAAAGAUGGAUAGCAAAUCAUUUUUUGCAGAUCUUACUUUAGGUGUAGAUAAUGGAAUUUCAGGAACAAUUGCUUUAUUAGCAGUUGCUGAUGCAUUAAGUAGGUCACCAAUAACCCUUUCAUCAUUCCCUAAACACAUCUUGUAUACAAUCUUUAAUGGAGAAGAAUGGGGUUUUGCUGGUUCACAAAGAUUUGUAAAAGACAUUAGCAGCCCAUUUGAAUGUCAAAAAAAUGAGUCCAAAUCAACUCAAUCAUGCCCAUUUGUUGGUGGUUGUACAUUCCCAUGUCAAAAAGAUUUGAAUUUUACACAAAUCAAUUUUGACAAAAUAGAUUCAAUAUUUGAAUUUAGUCAAGUUGGUCAUCAUAAUACAACUGGAUUUUAUUAUACACAUGUGGAUGGUCAAUCUAAUUUAGAUGCUACUUCUAAAUUGAUAAAUCAAUUGAUUACAUUGUCAAAGAAUUUAAAUAAUGGAAGUCCUUUUAUCCAACAAGCUGGAUCUGGUGAUAAUAGAAAACUGCCACCAUCUAGUUCUAUGGCUUUUUUAGAGAAAAAUAGGAAUAUACCUGCUAUAAUUUUAGCAGAUUAUCAAUCAAACUUCAGCAAUUAUUAUAAUAGUGAAUUUGAUGAUGUUAAUAAUGAUUUCGUUUCAAUAAGCAAUUCAAUAUGCACCAUAUCUAAUGCUACAGCACAAGCAGUAUGGUUGCAUGCACAAGGAUUACUAUUGGAUGAUACAAAGUUAUCAUCUGUACCUAUAUCAGUGAAUUGUAGUAUGAUAGAUGAAUUGUUAGAUUGCUUAACGUUUAAUUAUUCAUGUCCAUUAACAAAUAGACUUUUUAAUAGUAAAAAAAAUGUUUCCUUUUUUAGAGUUUUUAAUUAUGACGAAAAGUUUAUUUCAGCAUUUACAUCAAGAUUUAUGGCAAAUAUAACUGCCAUACAAAAAUAUGGAAAGUGUGAAUCUGUAGAUGAUUGUCAGCAAGAUGAUUAUUGUAUAAACAAUGAAUGUGUUAAAUCAUUUACAAGAUACCAUCAUUCAUAUGGGACUGGAUUAGAAUUUAAUGAGAAAGGCCAAAUAAUUGUGGUGGACCCUAGUAAACCAACUUGGGUUGAGAGUGUAUGGGACGAUCCAUCUUUAAGAUUAUUUAUUGUUUCCUCAACUAACUUACAAAUUUUUGAAUUGAUAUUUGGUAUCACAAUUACAAUAAUUAGUAUUGUUGGUGUAUUAUAUGGAAAAAAAUAUUUAAUCAAAACUUUAAAGAUUGAUUAG